AUGAAGCUCGAGGACGAAGGUCCCCUCCUCAGGUCGAGGCACUCCACAACCUGCGGCGCGAACCACAUGUAUGUGUUUGGCGGCUUACUGAGCCACAAGGGGUGCAAGACUAACGAGCUUUUCGUCACCAACCUCGAUCGCAUGGUGUGGAUGAAGAAAAACCCGGGAGGAGAGCGACCGGUGGAGAGGGACGGGCACUGCGCUGUGUUUGACUCAAACCGCAAGAAGCUCCUGGUUUUUGGGGGCCGGGACGCCGAGAAGAAGAGGCUCAACGACCUCUUCCAGUACGACCCAGAGACGGACAGGUGGACCCGACUGUCUCCGGACGGCGAGCAACCUGCGCCUAGGGAGAGCGCCUCGAUGGCCCAGCUCGACGAGGACACCUUGGUUCUCUUUGGCGGAAAAGGUGCUGGAGCGCGCUUCAACGAUUUGUGGUUCCUGGACCUCAAAAGGAUGGAGUGGACACAGGCGGCAACCAAGGGUGACGCUCCGUCUCCACGGCAAGAUGCGGCGAUUUGCGCGUGCGACGGGAAGAUCUACCUC